AUGACUAUUAAAACAUCGAAGCCCAUACCUAAGUUUCCUACAUAUGGUCUACUUCCUAAAGAGGAAACUGAAGCAGCUGCUUUUCUAAAAAAAUAUCCUGAAUAUGACGGUCGUGGAACUGUAAUUGCUAUAUUGGACACCGGUGUUGAUCCUGGUGCAGUAGGCCUGCAAAAAACUACUGAAGGAAAGCCGAAAAUUAUAGAUAUUAUUGAUUGUACAGGAUCCGGUGAUGUCGAUACAAAAACUAUUGUGAAAACAAGUAAGGAGGAAAGUUCGAAGGAAACUUUGCACACUAUAGUAGGGUUAUCAGGCCGAUGUCUUAUUAUUGAUCCAACUUGGGACAAUCCUUCUGGAGAAUUUCAUGUUGGCAUUAAAAGAGCUUAUGAAUUAUUCCCCAAAGAAUUGAUCACGAGAUUAACACAGGAACGUCGACAAAAAUUUGAGUCUGAACACUAUCAAAUUCUUGUUGAAGUACAACAAAAGCUUGCUGCUUGGGAGGAAGCACAUUCUCCUUCAUCGACGCCAACAGAAUCUGAUCUUGCUAUUAAAACUGACCUUGAAGCUAGAUUGGAGGUUCUUAAAGAUGCAUUAAAGAAUUAUGACGAUCCUGGCAUAAUUUUAGAUGUUGUAGCAUUCAAUGAUGGUAGCGAUUGGAGGGUUGUGGUUGAUGUGGAUGAAAGUGGUGACUUGCGAGGUGCUCCACUUUUAACUGAUUACCAUAAGGAACUGCAAUAUCAUAAAUUUAGUCAAGAAGAUUUGUUUAGUUUCUCCGUAAAUAUAUAUGAUGAAGGGAAUAUAGUCAGUAUUGUUACGGCUGCUGGCACUCAUGGGACCCACGUAGCUGCUAUUACUGCGGCAUAUCAUCCUGAAGAGCCAGCACUUAAUGGGGUUGCUCCGGGUGCUCAGAUUAUUUCUCUUAAAAUUGGUGAUACUCGUUUAGGAAGUAUGGAAACAGGCGCGGGAUUGGCAAGAGCUGCUAUUGAGCUUGUCGAAAAAAAGUGUGAUCUCGCAAAUAUGAGUUAUGGUGAGGCAAGUUCUAUCCCAGAUUUCGGCCAUUUUAUUGAAUUAAUUCGUGAUGAAGUUAUCGGCAAAUACGGAUGUAUUUUCGUGAGUAGUGCGGGGAACAGUGGACCUGCUUUGAGCACAAAUGGGUCACCUGGUGGUACAACAAGUGAUGUCAUAGGGGUUGGCGCCUAUGUUUCUCAUUCCAUGAUUCAAGCUGAAUACGCACUACUUGAAUCUGUACCUGAAAGAUCCUAUACUUGGUGUUCUCAGGGUCCUAACACUGAUGGUGAUAUUGGUGUUACAAUUUAUGCUCCUGGAGGUGCAAUAACAUCAACGCCCCUUUAUUCUUUGACAAAGUCUAUGUUAAUGAAUGGCACAUCAAUGUCUUCCCCUAACGCGACAGGAUGUAUUGCAUUACUUUUGUCUGGGCUCAAAGCUGAAAACAAACCGUAUACUCCAUUCAGGAUUAAAAAUGCAAUUUCAAAUAGUAGCAAAUCAAUUAAUGAAAAUUUUGGAGUAGGAUUACUCCAAGUACAAAAAACAUGGGAAUAUCUUAAUACUUAUUACGAUCGAGAAGAUCAAGAUAUUUCAUUUGAAGUUAGAAUAAAUAAUAGCUCUCUAAAAAACCGUGGUAUAUAUUUGAGAGAAGAAAAUGAAACUUCAAGUGUACAAUUAUUUAAUGUAUCUAUCGGACCAAAAUUUAUGAAAGAAAUCGAACCGACAACUGGAGAAAAUAAUUCAAAGAAAUUUGAAUUUGAAACACGAUUGGCACUGGUUUGCACACAACCUUGGGUUCGUUCUCCAGAUUUCUUGCUAAUGGGCAGUCAAGGAAGAUCAUUUGAAGUCAAAGUUGAUCCGACACAAUUAAAUCCAGGCGGAUUUUAUUAUUCUGAAGUUGAAGGCUAUGAUACAACUUGUCCAGAUCGUGGACCUUUGUUUAGGGUACCUGUUACUGUCACUAGACCCAUUAUUUUAUCCAAUUCUAAAGUGUCCUUCAACAAUUGGUCCUUUGGUCCUGGUCAUAUCGAAAGACGAUUUGUAAAGGUUCCUGAUGGUGCAACAUUUGCCGAUUUGACUCUCAAGUUUUCUACGAGUCAGGCCACAUCACCAGCACGUUUCUGGUUACAUAUGAUUCAGUUACUACCGCAAAAAAGAUUUACAGCUCAUGAACGUGUAUAUAUAUUCUCGCUUGGUCAAGGUAGUUAUGGUGAUGGUAAUGGAGAAGAGCAAGUUGAAAAAAAACGAUUUGCUGUUCAUGGUGGAGUAACGAUAGAGAUUUGUUUGGCUCAAUUUUGGUCUAGUUUGGGAAAUCAUACUGUUUCGCUAGAAUUUGUUUUUCAUGGUAUUCAAAUUGCCAACAAUGCGAAUAACGGUGAUACCAUAUAUGUGAAUGGCGGGGAAGCAUACACUCGAAUAGAUGUUGUAACACCAGUCCGAAGAGAGGACGAACUUCAUCCUUCAAUUUCGUUAGAUGUUCUUCGUAAACCAUUGCGUCCAGCCGAAUACUCAUUGAAACCACUAAGUCCUGAUCGUGAUGUUCUUCCGAAUUCCCGAAGAGUAUAUGGUCUUUUGUUAACUUAUAAAUUUAGUACGACUGAUAAGAAUGUAACUUUUACACCAAAGUUUCCUGCAUUCUUUGAUUUAUUAUAUGAUUCUUAUUUUGAGGAUUUCUUUGCAUUUGUUUAUGAUCCGAAUAAAAAGGUUAUUGGUUAUCUUGAUAUCUACGCAAAGAAUAUAAAGCUAGAAACUAAAGGAGAUUAUGUCAUUCGAGCCCAAGUACGUCAUCAUUCACAAGAAAUUUUGGAAAAAUUAAACAAUACAAUAUGCUUUUUGGAAUUUAAUCUUUCAAAAAAGAUUACUCUUGAAGUAUACAAUCAAGUUUCUGAAGUUUUUACAUCCAACAAACCAACUGCAAAUAAGAGAUCCUUGGAAAAAGAUUCUAUAAUAGCAUAUUUCAUUGGAUCACCAACCGAUUAUUCUACCUACCCUAAGGAAGCUAAACCUGGUGAUAUAUUAUCCGGAAAGCUUAACUUUGUGAGUUCAAAUAAAGUUGAUGGUGGUCAAUAUUUGAUCAAUUUGGUAGUUCCGCCUGCCCCUACUAAACCUAAAGAAAUUACUCCAAAUGGUGAUGAAGAAAGUGGAAAAGAAAGUAGUAAAGAUUUAACCGAAGCUAUUCGCGAUCUACAAAUUACUCAUCUGAAAAAAUUUCCAGCAGAAUCUACACAGCGUGCUGAAAUACUUGCAGAACUUGAAAAUAAUCAUCCAACACAUUUGCCAGUCUUUAUAGCUAAAUUAGAUUUAUUAUUGGAAUCUGACGAAACUCUAUCUCCUGAAACUGCUAAUAAAGUUUUGGAGGUUGCAGACGAAAUAUUAAAGAAAGUUGAUUUAACAGAAUUAGCACAAUAUUAUGGUAUUAAACAGGAAGGAAAUAUUAAUGAAACAGCUAAAAAGAAAAAAAAAGAGAAUGAUGAAAAAAAGAAAGCAGUUGUAUCAGCUUUACGUGCGAAAGCUCAAGCAUUGGCAGCUCUUGCAAGUGAUUCCACAUCAUCAUCAUCAAAUAUCGCAGCAACACGGUUCGAAGAAACUUAUAAAGCACUUGCGCAAUGGUGGGAUGCUACACCACCAACAUCAGAUUUUAAGAAUUUACUUACUUAUAUUAUUCGUGAACGUCGUGCAAAUCGAUAUGGUAAUGCACUUAAAGCUCUUAAUAAAUACUUAAGUGAAAGUAGUCUUACUAAUGAUAAUACAAAAGAUUAUGAGAAAGCAUUAGGAAUUAAGAUUGAAUUGUAUAAAGAUGCUGAGUAUACUGUUUGGGAAAAUUAUGAGAGGAAAAUGAAGUUUAUUAGAAUACCUCCAGGUGGAUAUGCACCUUUUUAA